AUGCGCUUUUGUCACUCCACAUUCCCUGACCAAGAAACGCAUGCUUUUUGCGGCCCGGAAGCCUCAACGGCUGCUGGAACCAGGGUUCAAGAACCGUUAGAAUCCAGACUUCUACACCGCAAAAUACGCAAAGAAACUGCAAUGACGAUUGUUGAAGCCACAGAGCAGCGCAACAGUCUUGCUCGUGAGCUCCGGGAUCCUGCCCUGGUCGAUCGUACCGGCAGCGUACCGUCCCGUAAAAACGCCGGUCGACGCUCACAAACAGGCGUCAACCAUGCGGUUUUACGCCAACGAAACCGCCGCAUCGGCCGGUGUGACAGGGCUGCUCGCCCUGGAAAGAAAUCUCGAAUCACCCCGGCUCGCCCAUCACCCAACACGUCGCCCGUCCAUCGUGAUUCGGCUGCUCUCGAGACCGCCCCUGUUCUCCCACCAUGCAAAGACGCGCAGGCACAUGCAAGCUGCAACCCGAACGGCGAGCUAAAAACAUAUCGCGGCUUGGCACGGAAAUCUUCCUCCAAUCGAGCUUCCGCCCUCUGGUGA